AUGCCUUGGCAGAGGAUGGGUUGGUGUUUACAAAAGGAUUUCACGUUCUCUCGUGAGUCGUGAAUAAGUUUAGUUUUUACGCAAUCUUUCACGUGAACACACCGUUAUUACAGACUUCUACUUUCUAACCGUUGUUUUGUUUCAAAUUUGUGUUUCUGUUAAACUUGUAUAGAGGAAAUUGCUUAAAGUCCAUGCGACAAAAUGGAUAGACCGUUCUGAUGCACGUACUCCAGUAUCUGCCAACAACUCUCUCUCUACCAUUUCUUCGACCAGAGAUAUUGGAUGGCAUAAAUUUUAGUGAAUCUAAGCCUGAAACAAAUAUGGACAUUUAUAUUGGAAAGGAUUUUAAAAAAUGUAUUGUGAGCAAUUUAACCCCUGGUGUUUGCUAUGUUUGUGGGAGUCCAAACAGUGCUACACACCUACUAAGGACAAAGCCCACGUCAACAGAGCCCCAUUUUCCUUUCUUGGAGCAUCAUGAGCCUCCAGUUGGUUGUGAAUUGCCAAAAAGCAAUGGGGCUGUGGUUGUAUGCUUUGUCUGUUAUAGCUUUCUUCAUGCGCAAUGGGAUUCACAUGAGAGAAACAACACACCCCACUCCACCAGGCUUUACUGGCUAAAAAGAGUCGAUCAAGGCCCUUACUCAGGAUCAGAUGGUCAGGUUGCUGAAGAAAGGCCAACCGAAGCUAGUCCCAUAUCAAGAACUCAAAAAGUUCAAGAAAAUGCCUCAACAGAAGUACAACGGGAUGUUUACCAUUCUCUUAAACGUCCGCGAUCUCGAUCAAGAGAUAUGCAACUGGAUAUCGUCGGUCCAACUCACACUAAAAUGGAACGAAUUUCGCCACAAGCCAAUAUCAGUGGAACAUGUGUAAACGAAAACAAGGCCGAUAGAAAGCCAGAAAAGCUUGACCAUUCCGGUGAGGCGCUAGAUCUACGCAGUUCGGCAUCAGUCAGCCGGGAACGGGACAAUGAACGGGCCCCAUCCCGGAGUUCGGUGCUGUCGCACGAUAGCGGCCUUUCAGGUCAUUUGUUGAGCGAUGGGGGCUCCGGUGCGGUGGAAAUUCUGGACUUGAGUAUGCCCGAUAAAAAUGCCACAACCGAAGUCUGCUAUGUUUGCGGUGAUGAAUUUCAAAAAGGCCUUUUGUCGCACAUUUAUGCAAAACCAAUCCAGCAUAGUCCAUUUUUCCCGAGUUUGAUGCUCCACCCGCGACCUAGUCGUUCUCGUCCAAUGGAUUCAACGGGUCGCGUGCAAGCCUGCGAGAUUUGCACGAGUUAUCUGCUGCAGCAAUGGCACACGCACCAGUCGCGGAGCACUCCGCACGCUGAACGUCAUUACCUGCUGCGGAAGAGGCAGACGCCUGUUUACGAUACCACGACGUUCAUGUGUUACGCUUGUAGUCUCGAAUACCCUUCCUCGUCUUUGCGGCUCUUAUAUUGCAGACCAAACGCCGAGAACGAGCCCUAUUUCCCUUAUCUCGAGAACGUUAAAGCUCCUCCUGGCGCCAGUCCCAUCUCUCCACAAGGAAUGGUUCAAGUUUGCGCCAUAUGUUUUAAAGCAAUCCCUCAACGAGAUAAGGUCUUCAAUAGUGGUGAAUCUGGGCGAAUGAUUCAACCAGUGCUACCGGAUCGGCGACCCAGUCCGACCGAAAUCGAACUAGCUGCCGAACUGUUCUGCUACGUGUGCCACCGAAUUAGUUCCACCAGUUCUAUGAAGCUUUUGUGUUGCUAUCCGGAUCGUCGGAAUGCGUCCCCCCCUCGCAUCAUGCAUUUUCCUUUCUUGAAGACGCUACCAAUGCCUCCUGGCCCAGCCUACUUCGAUAGCAAUAAUCGGACGCUGGUUUGUGCCGAUUGUUUCUCCCAUUUUAGUCAUCAGUGGCAUAUUUUUGAGAACGACGGAUUGGCUUUGGAAUUACGCCACUACACACUUCCUUCUGCUGUUCAUCGUCCUUCGUUACUGGCGCCUCCGCCACGGUUAGAAACCCGUCCCAUUUCACCCUCGCGUACUGACUCAGCAUUGCACGUUUCUGCCUCGAAAAUUUCAACCCAGUCACAACCGGUAUCUCCCGGUUUUCGUCCACAUUUUAUGCCACGUAACAGGCCCGUGCAACCCACCACACCCAAUGCCGAACGCCGUCCGCCCAGUUCCAACCGGAAUUCACCUGCUAACCCUUCACCGGCUCCCGUAUCGGUCGGAUAUGACGCGCAUCAAAACCCGGCUGAAUCGUCCAUCUACUGCUUUUUAUGUGGAAUGAAUUCAACGCGUUCAUUUGCCCAUUGGUUGAAUUCAGCGCCAUCGCCAACAGAUCCGGUGGCACCUUAUUUUCCUUACAUUUUAAACUACUCGACGAGCUCACGGGCAGAAAAAUUACGUGAAGACGGAGCUGCUCUGGUUUGCACAUUUUGCUACCACAUGGUUCAUUCACAAUGGAAGCAAUACGAAGACGCACCGGCCAGCAAGACCCUUCAGCCAUUGACUAGAGUAUAUAACACGAACGAUUACGCUUGUUACGUUUGCGGCAUAGCUACCUAUCGAAAAAGAGUUCGUGCACUGCCCGUCAAGGAUUUCCCUUUUUUAAAACAUCAUCGCCAGCCUCGGCAUAGUCUUUCGAUUGAAAACGGGCAGUUUGUGGUUGUGUGUUUGGAUUGUUUCGAAUCGUUACGAACCCAAUCUCUGGAAUACGAACGUUGGGGAUUACCAGUCGAAAAGCGCCAAUACAACUGGAUGGCAAUACCUCCUCCACCAGAGGAUAGCAAUAAUCUGUCGACACCACUAGAAAGGCUGCUGGCGAUGGAACAGCAAAAUCGGAACAAGGAACAAGCGUCUGGCUUACCUUCUAAAGCACGUCCUUCGUUACGCGGUCAGACUGCCGAGUCAUCUAGCGGUGAAAUACUAAAUACUGCACCUACGCAAUACAGCACUUCUUCCGCUACUGCGAUGCCCGAGAAACCGUAAGGACAAUUACCGGCGCCCCACUUCUAUAUUAAUAACAAAAUAUUCAUCGCAUUUUUUUCAAAGAACCAUAUUUUUUGCCGUAUGUUGUGCAAAAUGUCAAUUGUACGUGUAAGAAGAAAAAUGGCUUUACAAAUCGAACGAAAAUUUAAGAACAACAAAUAUACGUUGUUGGAUCUUA